AAAAAACUGUUUCUCCCACUUACAUCCCCAAACUUCUCCUUCCUCCCCACGAUCUUUAAUGAAAAAAAAACUCACAUAAAUCAAUGAUUCAACCUUCCACAUUCUGAUCAUCAAUGGCUUCUCCCCUUCCAUUCCUCCUCUUCUCUCUGCCCUCAAUCGCUCUCGCCCUCGCCCUCGCCCCGCCCGUUGUCGCUUCCCAUCACUUCCACCUCGCCUGGUCUAACAACACUCACAGCUUCAUCUUCUGGGCCUCACAAAACCGCUUCCAUGUCGGCGACACUCUCCAUUUCGAGUACCGAAACGACUCCCUUCUCCUGGUGAACUACACCAAUUACAGAGACUGUACCGUCUUAGAUCCGAUCGCCAAGUUUGAGAAUGGAAGCCGCGGUGGUACCAUUUUCAGUUUGGAUCGCAAUGGAGAUUUCUAUUUCAUUAGUGGAAAUAGAGAGCAUUGUGUGAAGGGGCAGAAAUUAGCAGUUCGAGUGAUGAAUGAUGAUGAUAAGGAUGAAGACGAAGGUGUAGCUUCGCCUCAAGGAAUGGAUUCGUGGAAUUGGGGACCGCCGUCGUUGAAUUCGACGGUGAAGGCGAGGUUGGCGUCAUAUUUGGCGACGGUGAUUGCAGGUUUUUUUAGUGUUCUGUAUUUGAUUACUUAGGAUUAGGAUUUGGAAUUUGGAAUUGUGUUUUAGUUUAUAUUAUGAAUAUGAUCAAUGUGUGUUAAUAUAAAUAUGGAUGAAUGUUUUUAGUAGAAUCCAUGAUUUCCCACUCUUUAUUGUUCA